AUUAAAGCUAAACCAAAGCAAAUAUCUGCGGCGUGAGCACUGACGUCAAUUAAAAUGAAAUUAUUUACCAAUUACUAAAUGAAACCAUGAAGGAUUCUUCUGUCUCACUCUUGUCACUAAGAACGUUAUUGAUAGUAAACAACUCAUAUAUAUUUAAAUGUUACCAGACAUGUUUGACUGGGAAAUGAAACAAUAGUGUCCUCUUUUCUACAUGGAAAGUCUGAGAAAUUUCCCAGGCUCAAACUGUCAAACGAUUGUUUACACUUAUUAAAAGGUCCAGUUUACUGAGUAACUUUUUUAGUUGGGAACUGAGAUAAACGGAUAUGAGACUACAUUACUCUCCAAAGAGAGCCUUUGUGAAGGGUUUCAAUUAUGACUUGGCAACGUGAGAUGACCUUAAUGUACUUCAUCUCCAAUGAAAGAUUGAUUUUCUCAGAAGAAACCUCAGGCUUCUGGUAGUCUAUGCCUCCUCAUUCAAUUUCUGAAUCAGAACAGGAAUGCUGAUAUAAAGGGGGCUGAACACACAUUAAACGUCUGAACUGUGACAUUAAAAUCAUAACUGACAAUAUCUGACUAGACUCUUUGUACACAGCAGACGUAAUCAUACAUCACAACUUAGGUUACAUUUAGGUAACCUAAUUUAAUGCAUUCAUACUACUCUACUUGUCUGUUUAUUCACUGAUAUAUUUGCACUGAUAUAUGUUGUCCUUCCACAUAUUUUAGAGAACAAAAAGGUAUUCUGGUAUAAACGUGAUAGCCCACACAAGUCCUAGACUAUUUUUCAUCUGUAUUAAUGUAAUGUAAGUAAAAGAGAAAUGUCAGAGAAACAUAAAAUCUCACACUCUUAAGACUGUCUUUGUCACUGUUAGGUAAAUCAAUAAACUGGCAAACAACGGCAUAGAAACAUCUUGACAUGCGUGCACUGGCCGCACCCUAAAUGAGGGGCAUCACAUGCACCUACCAUGAAAAAUGACAAAACCAUCCAACAAAACCCUCAUAUCAGACACUGCAGACAAGGACUGAGACCUAAUCGAAAGGGCAAAUCUACUGGGUUUGUAACAAAUAUCUAUAAAAGAUAUUUUUAUUUCUACAUUUGACCAUCUCAAAGGACUCAACACUCAACCAUCUUAAAGGUAAGCACUUGUUCAGUGCUGACUUCCACUAGGAUCUAUAAGAGUGGCCCCUCUGUGCAAGCGCAAAGCAGACAUGUCGAGAACAAGAAACAGUGAGGGGAAUGUGCUAAAGCGUGUGGCAAAACUGCCUUUCGUCAGCUCAGCGCUGCAGCAGGCCUCUUCCGUCUACCUGGGAGUGAAAGGUCGUUAUCCACUGCUUGGGUUUGUGGGAGGUGUAGCAGAGCUGGGUGUCCGCAGUGCAUCCACAGCAGCUCUGCAACAAGCAGCACCUCUGCUACAGAACCUAGAAACAGAAAUUGAGGCAGUGAACAGUUUUGCACUGGUGGGUUUGGAGCAACUUGAGAAGUUUUUCCCAAUCCUCCAACAGCCCACAGAUGAGGUGGUUGCUAAUCUGAAGGACGCUUUCUUCUCGAGGCUGGAUGGUGCUCAGUCUCGAGUAAAUGAUGAGCUGGACAGAGCCGUGAACAGAUGGGAUAAACUGAUAGAGCUCAGCUGGCGCCUCCUGGCGGAAGCUCAAGAAUCAGCACCAGGGCGGGUGAUCACCGCGGGCCUGGAUGAACUCAUCACUCAGUCAGAGGCGGCAGUGGCGUACUAUCUACCUCUGCCACCCACGCUGCGUCGUGAGUGGGAGAGAAGAGUGCAGAGCUAUGAAGAUGAGGACGAUGAUGAUGAAGAAGAAGAGCCUCGGAUGUGGACGCGUAUCCGUAGCCUGUUGUUGUGCCUGUACCUUCAGCUGUACCACAGACUGAUGAAGCUGAGAGAAAGAGUGGACAACGUUUUGCAGAUGUUGGGGGCAGCUGCCGAAACGGUGGGUCUAAUGCAGUUGAUGCAGAUGGUGGAGUCCCUGCUGCAGCUGCUUCUGUCAUUUUACACGACUCAGGUGCAUCGUGUGGAGGAGCUGCGUUCUCUGCUUGUAGCUCAGCUCACAUCAGGUAUAAAGGCACUGAAGGUUUUGCCCCCUGUACAACAGACACUGGCUCUACCUACCCAGGUACGCACUAUCAUGAACGACCUACUGGAAUUGGGACAGAUUCUCAUACAGCUGCUCAUCAACACCACCCCACUCUAUGACCUGAUGAAACAGGUGUCUGAUCUCGACACAGCAAACAACCCAACUCCAGAUGAACUUCCUGAGAGUCCCUCCAGCCGUGCCUCUGCAAACAGCCUCUUCCUCAAAGCCAUGGACGGUCGUCCACGUCGCCGCAGAAGCCUUUAUGCCCGUUCCCCUCGUGGGUCUGCUAGCGGGCUUCCAACCAGCCCAGCUCCCUCCCCGACUCCUACCCCAAUCCCAGCAAAUGGCAGUAAAGGCAGUUUGAAGCUAGAUUCCCAGCUCUUGGGCCCUCCAGAACUUGAUACACUGGCUGUGCCCACUACCGAUAUGAUCCGCCGCCGUUCCUCGGCCACCGAGGUCCUGCUGGCUCCCAUUAUGCAGUUAGUAUCACAGAGCCAACGAGCGUUUGAGUUUCUGAGCUCUGGCCCUUCAUCUGAAGAUCAGGUCAUACCUGUGGUGGAAACCACAGAACAUUAGGCUCCACUUUUCUCAUAAAACCUAAAUGUAAUCACAGAUCAUUCAAACACAGAUCGCUGUAGCUCACAGGCUGUUAUGGAUAGUACAGCAAACAUACCUUCAAACAACAAUCCAUACAAUAACUCCUCUAGUAGGCCUAGAGUCAUUAGCCUAGCAUUUAGUAUUUCCGGACAGUUUAAAGGCGAAAUAAAGCAUUGUUUUAGCUAUGCAUAUUACUAAGAAUGAAAUCAAAACAGUAUGGAUUUGCUCUCUGCAGUGCUGUUUGGGUACGUGGUGUUUUGUAGCUUUGAAUGCCUGAUUCUAGUAAGACAAAGAAACAACUCAUUAGACGAGUUGAAAUGGCAUAGCAUCUUUUUUCUAUACAUUAUAAUUGUUAGCAUGUAACACAACAUUUUGUUUAGACCAAAUAAAUGUAUUUUUAUUCCUUAGCUUUCUUAGUUCUUAUACACUCUAAGCAGCUUUUAAUCUAUAGACUGUCAUAGUGAAAUGACUGAUAGUUAGAUCAAUGCACUGAGUGAAGCAGGAUGGCACAAGAAUUCUGAUCAGUUGGAAAUUAACCGUUUGAAAAUCGAUUUAACACACAGCCCAAGGUCAUGUGUGUUCAACUGAGAGGAAAGGAUAAAAAGACAUGGUUAAUGUUACUUUGAUUGUUCAUGGGUUGUUUUAUGUUUUAAGGAUGUGUUGUUAUAAAGAGAGAAACAAAAUGAACUGUGUUAUACAUCGACAGGUAUGGAAUGUCAUUAAAUGGUGUUAAAUGACUUGGUGGACGUUUAUAACUAAAAUCCUAACAGCCUUUAGUGCUUUUUUUCCAGUAACAAAUGUAAUAUUGACUUUAACUGUAAUAAAACAUUUUAUAAAUGUAA